AUGGAGACGGAAGUCAUCAACCUUACAAAGGCUAAGAGCGUCCUGACCGCUCUUCGAAGGAGUAAGAUGGUCGAACCGCAUGCCCGGUUACUAGAACUCACUGACCAUAUUCAACAUCUUCGUGAAAAACACAUCCUAGGGACGGAGGAAUCUCAGUUCGAGAUCUUAGUGCUGGAUAUGCUAACAGUUAAAGAACAAGAGCUGAACGAUGAGCUGACACAGUUGGAAGCGGAACCCGAGCACCAAGAGGCGUCAAUCUUCUCCAGAUCCAAUCCUGAGGAUGAUGGCGGUCCGAAUCCGGCCGAAGCCGAGCAUAUCUCUCUUCAACAAGAACCCGUAAUCAAUCACACAGAACUCGGGACGGGUACACCGCCCACCGAUCAACACGGAUCUCCUCAAACCGACAAUGCAUCAGUACCGGCUGUAACAGAAGAUAGAGUAAAAGACAUAAUCGAGGAAUUUGUCAAUGCCGCCAUCCUGUCGUGGCAAAAGAGGAUAAAAGAAACCGCGACAAAAUCAAUCGAGAUGAUUGAGUCUACCGAUAAACAGCUGGAAGCCGCGGUUGGACGGAUUACGUCCGUUGAGGAAAAAUACGGUCUUACCGAUCUUUUGUUCGGCGACACAACUGACAGAACUAACAUAUUGGAGACCGUAACUCAGAAGUUGGAGACCGAUAUCGCUCAUACCAACCAAAAGGUCGGUUUAAUAGACCUACACCUCAUAACAACCGAUCAAAGACUGAACAAGAUUGAAGGGGAUCUGUCUCAAUCCGGUGUCCAGGCCGGAUCCAUACUUGAGAAAAUGGCAAUACUUGAGGAAAAGAAUGCCAAAACCGAAGCCGAUCUAAAGGCGGUUACCGAACAACUGGUGGAGAUGGUAGCGACAAAACUGCCAGCCGACAAAGCACUUGAAGAAGCGAAUGAACUCGCGGCUCAAAAGAUUCAGUAUGCCGAGGAAGAGCAAGUCCAGAUUCAAAAAGAAAAGGUACAGGCGGAUGCGGACCUAGCCGAACAUAUCCAAACAAUAGAAAACGUUGCACCGGCCAUAGCGGUUCAGCAAAAUGAAGAUGCGGCUCGACUAAUCGGCCAACAGCUAGCAUUCGAUGAGUUCUUCAACGCUCAUAAGAAGUCAAAGGCGGCUGCUUCCUCAUCCGGUCCGGCUACCAGAAAAAGAAAGGCUCCCUUCAAGAAUGUGGCAAUUUCAAGACUAUUGGACAACGUUGCUGAAACGGUUAUUGAUCCUCCAAUCAACCCGGUGUCACAAGCUGAUGACGAACUCGAGGACGAAACCGUACAGCUGAUCAAAAGACCGCGGGGUCUUGAAGCAAUUCCACUCAGAUCGGUUCCGAUUUCACCUUUCACUGGGACCUCGGGCGGUCAAGGAUCCUCCUCCAGACCUGUCGUCGAUCCUUGCAAUCCGUGCAAGGGAAUGAUGACUGAACAAAUGCUGGACAAAUACCUACCCAAGAAAAAGAGAUAG